UCUAUAUCAUCAACUCUUUUCAUCAAAUUUCAGAGGAAGAGAGAGAUGGAGAAAGAAGGGAGAUUGAGGUUGAGGCCAAUUGGGAUGGAGGAGGAGGUGGAGCCGUUGGAGUUCAUAGAAGAGAUGACGAGUCAUGUAGAUGAGGUGCAACAGAUGGUGCUGGAUGACAUCCUUUCCACCAACGCCUACACUGAGUACCUACAGAGGAAUGGGAUAUUUGGAGGAAGUAUAGACAGGAAAACCUUCAAGUCCAAGCUGCCAAUCAUUGAAUACAAAGACAUCCUACCCAACAUACAGAGGAUUCCAAACAGUGAUCCUUCACCCAUGUUCUCUGCCCAACCCAUCUCCGAGUUACUAGUCAGCUCCAGAACUUCAGGCGGUGAGCAGAAAAUCAUCCUGCUGAUUGCCAACCAUCAUGAAGGGAUUUAUACAAUCUUCGGAUGGCUCAUUCCCACUGUCAUGAACAAGUAACAGAUUAUGUUGGCAUUUUUAUUUUCUCCCUGUGAAGUACAUAUCAUCUAUUUGGGGAAUGAAAUGGGUCAUCAACCUCUUAGACUACAAGCAAAAUUGUAGUCUCACUACUUUUUUCUACGUUUUAAAUAUUCGUUUGAGUGAAUUUCAAAUU